UGGAAUCUGAGUGAGGUUGCUGUUGAGGUUUGUUUGGUUUCAAAAACCCCAGGUGGAGAAAACCUAGAAGCGACUAGUGUGGGAAGUUGUCAAUGUCUUGUCCAAGUGGAAGAACAACACCUGACCUUGUUCUUAAGAAUCGUUUUCUGAGUUAUUUGAUCUGGCAAUCCAUACCUUCCACCCUCAUCUUUUCCCUAUUCAAACCUUUCAUCUCUUCUCUCACCAACUCCAUACCUCACACCCCAUUAUGGCCAUUUCUUCUCUUUCUCUCUUUCCACCUUCUCUUCGCCGCCACCCUCUCCGUCAUCGCUUCCCCACACCCUCUACGCCCCGUCUCGCCCUUCGAACUCCCCACUCGACUCCUCCGCUUCCUCUUCGUUCCCGCUUCCGCUGCCGGAGGAGCUCCUGACUCCGCCGACUUCCGCGACCGGCUAAAGGUCUCUCUGAGCUUCGUACUUUUCGUGGCGGCGUCCGCGGCGUCGGGGUUCGCGGCUGCGGUGUCCCUUUGUGGGGCAAUGGCCAUCGGUGAUGGGUUUUGGGUGAUUGGAAGAGUUGGGUUAAGGGGUUUCCUCAUUGGUUCAAUGUUUGGGUUGCAUUACAUUUUUAAGCGCAGAUGGGUUUUGGAGUUUCCCAUCAUUCAGCGUCCUCCUUUCUUCAGCUUUAAGAUGGGAAUUCCUUCAGCUGCUAGAAGAGCUUUCAAGCUUUCCACCGUAGCUUUCCUAUUUUCAGCUAUUUUAUUAGAGAUUCUUCCACAUCCAUUUAAGUAUGGCUUUGCAAUGCGAAGAUACUUUACAGAGCAGAUCAUCUUUUCUAUUGGGAGUUUUGCUAUCUUCCUCUGUUGGGAAUUGACUCAUCAUUUGCACCGGGUUUUACAUACUAAGAGGUCCAUAUUUGCACCCCCAAAAGGAUCUGCAGCAGCAGAAACAAAUCCAACUGAGCAUCUCCUUUCAGCUUUGGAGGACAGCAAUCCAACAUCUCUUCUCCGGUAUCUUGCAUAUCUUGAUCUCUGUAUGGUUUGCGAGAACAAUGUUGACACUUGGCGGCGUGCGGCAUUUUUUGAAGAAAGUGGUGAGAGUUACAAAAGAGUAAUUGCUUUGUGCUUGCGGCCUCUGGAGCAUCUUGCUUCAAGAUUAGGUGAAGGCUUGGGAAAUUCUGCUGACAAACCUGCACAACUAUCAAAUCAGUUAUCCUCCCCAACAGAUGCACGAUUAGAUUUGAAGUACAUAGAACAACUAUACAACUUCCAGCUUUAUGCAUGGUGUUCAAGGACUGUUGCCUCACUGACUGCCUGCUCACGUAAAGAAGAUAAGUUUGGGGUUGCUCAGCUUUCUGGGAGUAAUGCCGCCGUGGUUUCAACACUGAUAUCCUGCCUUCUUGCUGUUGAAAAUUUCAUGGGAAAGAAAACAAACCUGCAAUCCCCAAAUCAGUUGUUAGGACCUGCUGGUAUCAAAUGGGCAACAUUGAAUAGUGGAAGAGUAGAUGUUACAGCUGGUAAAAGAAGAAAUGGCCCAGUAAAUUCAAAAGCUUAUGCUAUUGCUGAUGUUCUCAAGAUCUCAAUCUACCAAAUAGUCUCUGCAUUCCAUGAUGAGAUGUUGGCUGGUGCUAAAACAAGUCUCCUGGAGAAGGACUGGACCACAAGUGAGAAACCACUUUUUGGUACUCGUGAGAUGCUUAUACAAAAAUUACGUCUUUUCCUUGAUAUUCGAGCUACCUAAUUGCUGCAUUGUACUUGGGUUUGGAUGCUUACUUUCCUGGAUUAAACUACAUGCUUGUAAGACAUUAUACACAUAGGUUGUUGUCAAGUUGAGAUACAGAUGAAAUGGAAGGAAACGGUUCAAUUUUGCUGUCAGAAAUUUGAGGUGAUGGACAUUAAUCUAUAGCGAUUUUGUUGAAUAUAUUAGGA